CCAAAUGUGUGAGGCGUGUUGUUCUUUUUACUCUAAAUACGAAAGCAUUUUUUUACUAAGCAAAGUGACUUGUCUGUAUCGAAGGGCGUAUUUGCAUUACUGCACCGCCAUUUACAGUAGCCUACAGAUCCGCCAGCAGUUUUAGUCCAACCGAUCUAGGCCAACAGUUUCGGGACUCGAGAUUGUAAACAUGACAAGUGACAAUGUAAAAAUGAAAGAGAGCAUGCCUGGUCCUAUCUUAACACACAUAACAGUUCAGAAAGGCCACUCACUGCCCCCCUUACAUCAAUGCACGACGUGCUGCGGUGGUUUCCACUGCCCCUUUUGCUCUGAGAGUGUAUUUAAGUCUACAAGAAAUGACAAAUUAAAACUGCACAUGACAAGACAUUUUAACAGGGCCGUUUUCUACGAGGGUUUCUCCAUUCACAGAUGUGGAUUUGACUGUCGACCAUCACUACAUUAUCAUUGCCCCUACUGCAAAACUACAGUUUUACGAAGAGACGAUUUCGAAAGUCAUUUAAUUGUUUGUAAAGAAGCACAUCCUGAGAGUGCCCUUCGCUUGUGCACUAGCGCCAUGAGUAGCGCACUUGAUGACUCAAAGACAACAGACGCAAGUAUGGACCACGAACUUUACACUGUACAGAGUCCCUCGGAGGACAUUAAGGAUGGCCCAGAUCAUGCAGAAUUCAUUUAUAAAAUGUCAAAUGAAGAAUUUGUUAGAUUCGUGAAGUUGCGCGUGACCAACGACUCACUUUUCACUGGAAAGAGAAAUUCUUCAACUCUGGCUUAUAGGGCCAUCUUGAAAGAGCUGGGUCUGCAAAGGGAAAUUUCUGCCAGCCAGGCCAGGAGGAAAUGGGAGAACCUUAAGAUGAAGUAUAAGGAAAUGAAGAAUCCCCCACCUGGCGUCUCGGUGAACCCCACUAACUGGCCGUGGUUCUCCCUUAUGGACGACGCUAUGGAGGGUAGACUCGCAGGAAGUGAAGUCACUCUAGACACUUCUACCGUGGGCGACGACAGCGAGUAUCGCCCGAACAACACCACACGCAGGAGGAGCAAGAGGGCGCGGGAGCCGGACAGAAGCGAGAUCGAGCUGUUCGUCGAAGAGGAUGACAUGAUGUCUGAAGAAAUGGGGCGAGACAGGGUAGAGCUGGACAGAGACAGGGAUGAGAUGGAGCACGAAAGGGCCAUCCUAGAGAGCGACAAAGCUGCUAUUGAAUACGAGAGGAUGGUCCUGGAGCGGGAGAAGAUGGUUUUAGAUCGAGAAAGAGCAGGAGUAGAACGAGAACUCGCAGCAUUGGACCGAGACAGGGCCUCUCUGGAGAGAGAAAAGGCCGCUGUGGAGAGAGACAGGGCCUCUGUGGAGUACAUCCGAGCUCAGCUGGAAAAGGAAAGAGCGAUUCUUGACAGAGAAAGGGCAAAGCUUGAACGAGAGCGUGCCAUUCUAGAGCAGCAGCAUGGGACGGAAAAAGGGGAGCAGAUGGCUAAUCUGAACGAUAGUACAGAAGCAACGGAUACCUCAAUUCCCUUAGUGAUGGAACCGGCUUCCUUAGAGAGGAGGCAGAAAUUCCUCAACCUGUUUGAAAAGCUCAUCGAGAACUUCUAAUAUGGAACUAUCUGUUCCGAAUGGGACCCAUUAUAUGUAUAUGUCAUUUUUUUUGUACACCUUCUGUUCGAAGUAAAACUGUUUUCUGUUGCCAGAAGUGGAUUGUGCUGUGUUACAGUGAUUGGUUUUGUAAUGGUAAUAGCGAUGCUUGUUUAAGAGAGCGAUAAGUGUUGCUUUCAUGCCUUUGAAGACUUUACAAGCUAACAAUGAAAACGUUAAGCCACCUCUGUUUUGGAGAGGUCAUCAGAAAAGUUUAUUCAGGUGUGAUUAUUUCAAUACAAAACACACAAUGCUGAGCUAAUAUUUAACCCCGAAUCAAUUCUCAGCCAAUACAACAGUUCUGAAAUGUUCAUUUUGAAGGCCAUUGGUCAUUACAACAGCUUGAAUUGUGAUAUACCAAAAUAUUGCAGUUCUUUUAAAACAAUAAUAUAAAAACAACUUAUAUGUAUUUAUAUUACAAUACAGACUUUACAACAAAUUCAUUGUUAGAAUGCUUCUUUUAUUGCAUUAGUCAAAUUUACCUUUCAAAAAGUUAAUUGAGCACCAGUUUCAAUUAGUUUAUGUUAAUUAUGAAAAACAUUUGUUAAAUUCUAUAUGAAUAUUAACAAUAUUUCAUUUACAAAACAAACAUAUUUAAACAAUUUGGGCUGGCUUUUGCAGCUAACCCCAGACAGGCGACCAGUACAGCACACAAAGAGGGUUUUUGUGCGGUUUUGUUCAUAUUUGCACUUGUAAAAGGUUCAUUAGUAUUUGAUAAAUAAAAAAUGUUCUGAGUUACGCAUGGCUCUCUUUUUCUCUAAAAGAGAUUGUUUAUGAAGUUAGACACAUAUGUGUGUUUGAGACGUCAUAAAUCCAGAUAUGAUUACAAACCUCAUACAUUAUGAAAAGUAUGUACUGUGUCGAAAGGUAGAAACACAAGCAGCGUAGAGUUGGAAGUGUCCACCAGAACUCCUGUGAGAGGGUGAGUUUAUGUAUUUAUGCCAACCUCCUUUAAAGACAGCCAUUCAUAUCCAAGUGUUUGCUUGAGCCCAAAGUAAAA